AUGUUAGUGGAUUUGAAUGUGCCGUGGCCACAGAACAGCUAUGCGGACAAAGUUACUUCUCAGGCAAUCAACAAUUUAAUAAAAACAUUAUCCACAUUGCAUAUGUUGGGAUAUACACACAUCGCAAUAAAUUUUACAGUAAACCACAGCGAGAAAUUCCCCAAUGAUGUCAAGUUGCUAAACCCUAUUGAUAUCAAGAAAAGGUUUGGAGAAUUGAUGGCUCGAACAGGGCUAAAAUUGUAUAGCAGGAUCACUCUAAUCAUCGACGAUCCAUCAAAGGGACAGUCUCUUUCCAAGAUAAGCCAGGCUUUUGAUAUUGUAGCGGCAUUGCCAAUCAGUGAAAAGGGUCUUACUCUAUCAACUACCAACCUGGAUAUUGACCUGCUGACCUUUCAGUACGGUUCACGCCUACCUACUUUCCUUAAGCAUAAAAGCAUAUGUAGCUGUGUGAACAGAGGAGUGAAGCUUGAGAUUGUUUAUGGCUAUGCUUUGCGUGACGUACAGGCUCGGAGGCAGUUUGUAUCCAAUGUAAGAAGCGUGAUCAGGAGUUCGAGAUCGAGAGGAAUUGUCAUCAGCAGUGGUGCCAUGUCACCACUGGAGUGCCGCAACAUAUUAGGAGUAACAAGUCUAAUCAAGAAUUUAGGUCUUCCGAGCGAUAGGUGUUCUAAGGCCAUGGGGGAUCUGGCCUCACUUGUCCUGCUAAAUGGCCGCUUAAGAAACAAGAGCCACAAACAGACCAUUGUCGCCGGUGGUGGUGACGAAGACGACGAUGACGUGGUCAACGAUGUUCAAGGCAUCGACGACGCCCAGACCAUCAAGGUAGUGAAAAGGACCAUGGAUCCUGAACAAUUGGGACAUGCUUCCAAAAGACACAAGUCUUGA